AUGGACAAAAUCGAGUAUCGAGCUGUCAUUAAAUAUCUGCUUUUGAAAGGCAAUACGCCCACAAAAAUUAAACAUGAAUUGGAUUCUGUGUAUGGGAACUCAGCACCAUCAUUUACCACAGUGAAAUUUUGGGCAGCUGAAUUUAAACGUGGCCGUAAGAGCUUGGGAGACGAUGAACGUUCGCAACGUCCAAAAACUGCAACUACCGACGAUAACAUCGCCAAAGUUCACCAAAUGGUGCUAGACGACCGCCGAAUUAAAGUGAGAGAAAUAGCAGAGGUUAUGAACAUAUCAAAAGAACGUGUUUGUUACAUAUUAAAUCAAGAUUUAGGCAUGAGAAAGCUGUCCGCACCCUGGGUGCCGCGUUUGCUCACGUGUUCGAAUGAACAUUUCCAACGCUAUGUUGGUGCAGUUUAG